AUGUUCUGGCGCUUUGGCGGCUACGCCAACAUCUCCACCCUCGACAACAUCCUCGACAAGGAUGGCGUCACCGUCGAAGAGCUGCUGGACGAGAGCGAUCUGAUCCAGGAGCUGAAGCAGCAGAACAGCAAACUCAUCGAGUUCCUGCGCGACGACACCGUCCUCCAGAAGCUGCUCACCUACGUCACCGCUGAUGCGAAGCCGGAGGAGGAAGUUGAGGAGAGCAAAGAGAAGGACGAGGAGAAAGUCGAUGAGAAUGAGAAGGAGAAGACCACGGGCAUCUCGUUCUUUGGCAAGGGCAAAGGCCGCUCGCGAUCCAAGUCUGUGUCACAAAAAGAUGGCGAUGACGAGACGGAGCAGGAGAAGCGCGAGGCUCAGCGCAAGAAAUGCGCCUACGUCUCUUGCGAGGUGCUUUCGUCCGAGGUCUGGUCGCUCACAGAGGCACUGCUCGAACAGCGCGAUGCGUUGCGCGAGUUCUGGCAGUACAUGCAUCGCCCUGCGCCUCUUGAUCCACUACAAGCCGGCUACUUUACCAAGGUGAACGAGGCUCUUUUGGACAAGAAAACGGAGGAGAUGCUGGCUUUCUUCAAAUCCCUCGAAGGCGUUGUCCCCGCGAUGCUGCAGCAUGUGGACUGUCCCAUGGUUAUGGAUCUGCUGCUCAAGAUCAUCUCUCUGGAAAAGCACGAAGGCGGUCAAGGCAUCGUGGACUGGCUGCAGACACAAGAUCUCAUCCCACUCCUCCUGGGCUAUCUAUCUCCAAAGCACAACUCUGCAACCCAAACAUCGGCUGGCGACUUUUUGAAAGCCAUCAUCACCAUCUCGGCCAACGCCACCACCCAAGACCAGUCGGUAAUUGGACCCAACGAACUUACUCGACAACUCGUAUCCGACAAAUGCAUUCAAACACUUAUCGAUGACAUGCUUCGAGGCGGCAAUCCUCUUACCGUGGGAGUUGGCAUCAUCAUUGAAGUCAUUCGAAAGAACAACUCAGAUUACGACCUCGACAAUCAAGCUGGCCCUGAGCCGAAGACGUCUGACCCAAUCUACCUUGGCACUCUUCUACGGCAAUUCGCCAACCACGUACCCGAUUUUAUGCAGCUCAUUCGAUCAAAAUCGGCCAAGAAACCAGAUCUGAAAGCAGCUUUCGGCGGCAAGAUCGAGCCUCUUGGAUUCGACCGAUUCAAGACUUGCGAGCUGAUGGCAGAGCUAUUACACUGCAGCAACAUGGGCUUGCUAAACGAACGGGGCGCUGAAGAAGAUACUAAAAAGCGAGAUGCAGAGCGGGAGAGGUUAAAGGCAGAGGGCAAGCUUGCCACUCCCCGGGCACCAUCAAGUCCAAGCCACGAGAACAGCCACGACGAGUUUGGCAGUUCUGUCGAUUCCCACGGUUUCCAUCAUGCCGAAAGACCUAGCGAUGAGGAGAUGAACGAGAAGUCUGAUGAUGUGCGGAAGUUAGAGAUCCAAAAUCAAUCCGACGAGGAUGGAUUCGAGAAAGUCAAUGCCCCCGAGUCUGCAGACGAGCUUCCAGAUGAGGUCACUUUUGAUGAUCUGAAUGAGAAGAUUGACAGCACCACGCAUGGUGGACUUCCUUUACUUGAGAAGGUUGACAAGCGCGACCCAACAGUGCUGGAGACGACUUCACCGAUCCAAGCAGAUGCGAUGCCUCGACCGCUUUCGCCCAGCAAGCCAUCAUCGCCGAAGAAAACCACUCUUCUACACUUCGAUCCACCCCCAACUCAAGCAGCCGAUUCUCCUACGACCGCUGGUGUAACAGACAAAAUCAACAGCCUCGAUGUCGACGAGGAUACAGUCAUGUCGGAAUUUGGCGAGGAGAUGACACACGAGGAUGACGACGGUCCGUCCGAGCUGGAGAAGGCACUAGCCCGCCCAGAAGACAAGCCUGCACCUUUGAAUUUCACCAAGAAGGAACAGACUCCGUCACAAGAACAGUCGACCGACAACGACCAAGCACCGAACAUCGACGAGAGUGUGGCGACGCUACAAGGUCAAGAAGCUUCAACGCUACCUAAUGGAGAGCGACCAGCUUAUGACACAGAGCUGGAUGGCAGCCCAGUAGUGGGAGAUCUGCUCAAGAUUCAAUUCGUGGAGCACCAGGUUGUGCCUACUAUUCUCGACUUCUUUUUCCGUUUCCCAUGGAACAAUUUCCUGCAUAAUGUGGUAUACGAUGUUGUACAACAAGUUUUCAACGGCACGCUGGACCGCGGUUACAACCGGACAUUAGCGUUUGACCUUUUCACCCCCAUCGAGCCCAAGGACGGCAAGUCUCUGGAGGAGGUCGGCCUGGCAUCAGGCAAAGACGUUACUGACCGCAUUCUGGAUGGCCAAAAGGCGUCGGACGAGUCGCAGUCUAACAAGGGCAUGCGGCUCGGGUAUAUGGGACAUCUCACUCUAAUUGCGGAAGAGGUCUGCAAGUUUGGCAAUAGGCAGCCACCUGAGACCUUGGAUCCAGUCAUUGGCGAUCGAGUAAACCGCGACGAGUGGAUUCAAUACGUGGAAGGCAUCCUCGCGGAGACCAGAGACAAGGACAACGCCGUUCUGGGAGGCGUACGACCGGAGAACGCUAUCGGCGUGCGUGCAAUCGGUGUCGGCGGCCUUUCCAGCGGUUUCACCUCCAACACCGCCAACACACUCGCCAACGCUGGCCUUGGUACGAACAUGACCCCUCAGGACAGCCUUGCCAUGUCAGAAGGAACGGUCGGUCAGAGUUUCGAGAUCAACUCCGGCACCAUGCUCGGCGGCGACGGCAUGUCGGGCGACGACGACGAAGAAAUGGAGGACGAAGCGAUUACGCGCGAACGAGAGCGCCGGGCGGCGUUUGCGGAAGACGAACAGGUCGGUGAACUUUCGUUUGAUGUUGACAUGGACUACCGAUGA